AUUUUUGUUUCCUUCAGGUUCUAUUUAACAUCUACUAAUGAAGAAGUGAAAAUUGGACCAGAGAAUGGCCAAUACUUACGUCACUGCAUCUGAUGGGUAUUGUCUUGCUGAACCAGUGCAGUACUACGAUAUUUUGCCAGAACAAAUCAAUUAUCAGCUGUACGACAUUGAUUUUCAAGAAUCACCUUAUUGCCAGUAUUCUACUGUCCAGUUUCCUCCAGUUCUACAGUCCCAAUCUUUACAGAGUCAUUUCAACACUUGUAGCUUGGACCCACAGUUCAGUGGUGGAGAGUAUGGACUUCUUUCCUGUGAAUUAAAUAAAUCCACUUACGUGGUUGCCCACGAUGCUGAAGAUGGUUACCCUGGAAUAAAAAGGUCCAGAAUAACUCAUUCUUCCAUUCAUAUUAAGGGACAGGAAGAACUCUGUGUAGUUUGUGGUGAUAAAGCAUCAGGAUAUCAUUACAAUGCACUUACUUGUGAAGGUUGCAAAGGGUUUUUUCGACGUAGCAUCACCAAAAAUGCAGUAUAUAGUUGCAAGAAUGGUGGUCACUGUGAAAUGGACAUGUACAUGCGUAGAAAAUGUCAAGAGUGCAGACUAAAAAAGUGUAAGGCAGUAGGAAUGUUGGAAGAAUGUUUGCUCACAGAAAUCCAAUGCAGAUCAAAGAGACUUCGAAAGAACUUUAAGCAGAAGAAUAAUUUUUACUCUAACAUCAAAGUGGAAGAGGAAGGGGUAAACAACAAGCUUGUGUCACCUACCACUAUAUCUGGAAAAGUGAUUCAGGAGAGCAUGGAACUAACUCAAGAGGAACAUCAGCUCAUUAACAACAUUGUGGCCGCUCAUCAAAAAUAUACAAUUCCAUUAGAAGAAACAGAAAGAUUUCUGCAGGGAUAUGCAAAUCCUGAACUGAUCUUCUUGCGACUCUCAGAGACAGUUGUUCUACAUAUACAGAGGUUAAUGAAUUUCACCAAGAGACUCCCAGGAUUUGAAAAUUUGACCAAUGAGGAUCAGACUGCAUUACAGAAGGGAUCAAAAACUGAAGUGAUGUUCCUUCAUGUGGCCCAAAUUUACAGUCAAAAAGAAUAUCUUUCAUCAACUUCUGAAAGCAAAAAAGGUACUAUGAAAAUAUCAGCUCAUUCAGAUCAUUCACUGAAUUGUCAUGAUCAAAGUGGUGAUAGAAGUGCUAUUUAUCCUAUGGAAACAUUUUGCAAUGAAGAUUGUCCUUCUGCUAUGCUGACUGGUAUUUCUGAAGAAUUUAUUACUACACUGUAUUACUUCUGUAGAAGAAUGAGUGAGCUUAGCAUUACUAAUACUGAAUAUGCUCUGCUUGCAGCCACAACAGUGUUUUUUUCAGAUCGUCCAUGCAUUACAAAUAAGCAACAUGUGGAAAAUUUACAAGAACCAGUUUUACAAAUUUUGUACAAAUAUUCAAAAAUUUAUCAUCCAGAAGACCUACAGCAUUUUGCUCAUCUCAUAGGGAGGCUCACUGAACUGAGAACACUGAAUCACAACUAUUCAGAAAUACUUAGCAUUUGGAAAACAAAGGACUCCAAAUUGGCUAGUUUACUCUCUGAGAAAUGGAAUUUGUAUUCAUUUUGAUGAAAUUUUAGAAUGUUGUGGUUUGUCUUAAACUUCCUAAAUCUAGAUUGUUUACGCUAUGAUCACAGGAUACUGAUUUGAAAAACAUGAACAGAAUUGCUGUUACGAAUAGAAUAUAUCGCCAUAAAAUGGACAUCAUCAAGGGCUCAUCAAAUUUUGUGGAAUUUAGGACCACCACUAGAGGGACAUCUAGUAUUCUUUUUAAGAUUCGUCCCCAAAGAAGCAAUGGUUAUUGUUACUGCGUGGUUCGUUCAGAAAGGAGUAGUACUAAAUAGCGUUCUUACCUGAAGAAACUCUCCUUUUUUUCAUUUAGUAGAAAAUUGAAUGAAAAUAUAUAUAUUAUUUGAAGACAUAAAAGAGAUUAUUUAGUGGAAACAGUUGUAAUCAGAAUAAAAGCAGUUGUGAACCUCUUUAAGGCUAGAUUGAUGGAUAAGGAACUAACGUUUUAAACUUAUUUCUGUUAUAGCAUUUUAUAAAUUAUUAAAGAGGAACAAAGCUUCGUUCAAUUCUUACUUUUCCUUAAUGUCUUUUUUUUUAAGAUUUUUUUUUUUUUGCUGUGGACCAUUUUUAAAGUCUUUGUUGAGUUUGUUACAAUAUUGCUUGUGUUUUAUGUUUUUUUGGCUUUUUGGCCCCGAGGCAUGUGGGAUCUUAGCUCCCCGACCGGUGAUCAAACCUGCACCCCCUGCAUUGGAAGGUGAAGUCUUAACCACUGGACCGCCUGCGAAGUCCCUUAAUGUCUUUAAAAAAGAGAUCUUUUAUAAGCCCCAAUUAAAAAUUUUGUCAUGGCAAGAUACUGAAAAAAUUAAAAUGACAAAAUAUGUUAACAUACAUUGGGAAAUUCAGCACAAUUUAAUGCUCAUUCUGGUAGACAAUAUUUUGACAUUUUUGCCAACACCUUUUGCAGAAAAAAUAAAGUUCUUAAAACCUGAAAUCUUACCACAAAUAUUUUAAUCCUUGUAAGAAUAAGAUUAAUGUUAACAAUUUUUCAUGUGAAAUACAUGAAAGUGAGAAAUUCUAUGGAAGCACAAUUGUUUUGAAAG